AUGGCCGAAGAUAACAACAACAUGCAGCCGGACGUCCUCAGCGCCCUGGUUGCCGAGAUACGAAGUCUGAGAGAAGAGAGUUCCCGAAGAAACACCCAGUUUGAAGAACGUUUUAUUGCCCUGGAACUCCAACAACACCAGCAAGCCCGUUCGUCUGAACUCCUAGAGCCAACGCCAUCUGUCACCCCGGCUGUCCCCAUUGAGGACACCCGUGUGGUCGCCACUCACAACCUGUGA